ACAUGUUCCACUCAAGUCUUUGCUGCGAAGAUGACCUUUUGGAGAGUCACCAUGGCUCUUCUCCUGGGCUUGCUGCUCACACGGCGAGACCUGCUCCUCGGCAGCUGCCAGACGUUUGACCACAGCCUGGGCGCCGUGAGCGUGGAGCCGUCUCAGCGCUUUGAGCUGGGCUCCGACCUGACCGUGUUCUGCCACAUCUCAGCAUGUAAGCAGAGGUACCAAAUUUCCUUGGAGUUGAACUCCCAACCUGUGGCUCUAUGGAAGAGAGAAAAGUGCAGCCCGGCCAUCUUCCGCCUGUCCAAGGUGACGCUGCCUCGAUUCAGCCUGCUGUGCCUGCUGAAGCGUGACAACCCACUGCCCCGGGUAGUUGGUGGUGUGGACCUGAUUGGUGGACGCCCCCCUGACAAGCCCCUAAACCUCACCUGUGUGACCACGAGGCGGUGGGAGCAGGUGGAGUGCUCAUGGCGGCGAGGACGAGACACUCAUGUUGCUACUUCCUGCAACGUGUCCUUCAGCAGGGAGAACUCCAGCACACAACAUUUAGGAUGCAGCCCUGACCAGCAGCACCUCAUCCUACCUCCGACUCUGCUAGCUGGAAACACCUCAAAUCAGCUGAUUGUCACAGCGCACAACGAGUUUGGACGCGUGCAGUCUGACCCCUUUGUGUUCACCCUCCACGACAUCGUGGUACCACAGAGUCCUGUCAUCCAGCACAUCCACUUCAAGAAGAAUUCCUCCAGGCUGGCGGCCAUCUUGCGGUGGAAUACAUCUGAGCGUGUGCAACACCUGCAAGCGUCCGUCAGACGGCGGCGCACUGACGCUUCCUGGGACGUGAGCCAGGUGACCCGCCUCGACGGUGAUGAGGUGCAAGUAGACGGCCUGGAGCCUCUAGUGGACUACGAGUUCCAGAUGAUGUUGUGUGACUCCGCCCCCUACGUGGAUGCAGGUCAAAGGUCACGCUGCAGCAAAUGGAGUCCAUCAAUGACCAUGAGAAGUCCUGGAAAAGGCCCGUCUAAGCCUCUGAGUGUGUGGAGGGUUUUAACCAAUCAGCAGUCAGGUUCUCUGAGGAAGGUGACACUUUUAUGGAAGGCUCCGCCUCCAGACGACUACAGCGGACAGGUGGAAUGUUAUAGAAUCUCGCUGGGCCAGGAUAGCAAACAGGAAGUGAGGUGUAAUGCCUCGCUCACACAAUGUGACCUUCAGGUGCAUCACGACAUCUCAGCGCUCAGCCUGAGUGUCAACACCACCUUUGGCACCUCCCCCCCUGCACACCUGCCCCUCACGCUGUCAGGUGAUUCAAGUCCUCCUCUCAGACUGAUGGGUCCAGCAUUAAAUAGCAGCAAAGUUCUAGUUUCCUGGGCAGGACCAGAACUUGGGUCAGAACUUAAACCAGAACUUGGAUCAGAACUUGGGUCAGAACUUAAACCAGAACUUGGAUCAGAACUUGGGUCAGAACUUAAACCAGAACUUGGAUCAGAACUUGGGUCAGAACUUAAACCAGAACUUGGAUCAGAACUUGGGUCAGAACUUAAACCAGAAGGAGCAGAUGUGAAGUUCUACGUGGUGGAGUGGACAAGUGUUCCUGAAGACAAGAUGCACUGGCAGGAAGUGACAGCAGAUGAAAAACACCUCAUUGUUACAGGUUUGAUGGCAGGCGUGAGAUACAACAUCUCUCUUUACGCCGUGAGCAGCAGAGGAGUCAGCACCCCCACCUCCAUCCUGGUCUACUCCAAACAACUAAAACCAGUUUCUGGUCCUCUUGUGUCAGUUGUGGUCCACAAGAAAGGACGGAUCCACAUCCAGUGGGAGGAUCCUGCGGUAGAGCAGCAGCGAGGAUUCUUCACAAACUACAACAUUUAUCUCCACACGCCACAAUCUCUACCAUCAGUGACCAUGAGUGCGCCAAGGUCCAGAGAGACUUGGCUGGACUGUCCUGAUGGAAUUGUCUUUGUCCAGAUGUCCGCGUCCACAUCAGCUGGAGAAGGUCAGCGUGGGAACCUGAUCUCCUCUCAGCCUGUGGGCCCUGCAGCUGGACUGAGCGUCCUGGUCUUCAUGGUUGUGGUCUUCAGUGCCGUGGUGGUCCAGGUCAUCUGUUGGUGCUGUGUGAGACCCAGGAUCAAAGAGGAAUGUCCAUCCUGGGCUCCUGAUUGGUUGAGUGGAAAGUUGCCCAAAGCCGAAAACAGCCGAGUCAUUAAACUACUACAGCUGGACCAGAGUGAGCUGUCCUUCUCCAGUCUUGACAAGGACCCACCGCUGUCCCCCAUCAGCUGUGUCUCCCAGGACGACCUGUACCCUUGCGUCCAUGACGACCAGCCCACUGCCAUGGCAACCAUGGCAGACGACCGGCCCGCAGCCAUGGCAACCAUGGCAAACGGGUACGCACCUCAGCUGAUGGCAACCAUGGCAGACGGGUACGCACCUCAGCUGAUGGCAGCCUCAGCCUCAGCAGGAAGAACCACCACCACCACCACCACCACCACCACCACCAACACCACCACCACCACCACGGAGGCGAGCUCAGGCUGGAAGACGCCAGAAGAGGACCAAUGUCCCAGCGACUCGGCUUUGUUGGCCAACUUCCUGUCCUGUGCCGACUCCGACCCCCACAUGUCGCCCUCUAGUGGCCACCUGAGCACGCAAGCCAUGCUCGCUCGCAGGGACCCUGAACGCAUCACAGACCGUGGCCCCGCCCCAUUGGACCCACACCAAGGUGAUUUAAGCACUUUACUGGUUUGUGCAACUUCCUGUUCACUUCAUGGGUGUUACCUUCCUCAAACACAAACACACAACUUUACAAACUAG